UGUAAGAUAAAGUUCUGUGAAAUCAUCUUGUCUACCUAUUUAUGGGAGACUUUUACAAGAGUUUGAAUUCGCGUACUAAUACAUAGUGAUACUAUCAAACCUAUUAAAAGUUGACUUACUUGGUUUGGAUCUUUUGGUUUGGAUCUUUGGACUGGAGUAAUAUUCUCUCUCUCUCUCUCUCUGGUAAGCCAACACAAACUGAGUAGCAAUUCAUGUGUUUCAAUCUGAAAUCUGUCAGACAGUACCUUUUUAUGAUAUAUAUGUGAAAAAUGAGCUCCUUGAUUGCAAAUGAAGAUUGCCUUGGAUGGGCAGCAAGAGAUGUAUCUGGCGUUUUAUCACCUUACAACUUCAACCGCAGGGCCGUAAGGAGUGAUGAUGUUUCAAUAAAAAUUACACACUGUGGAGUUUGUUAUGCUGAUGUAGCUUGGACCAGGAAUGAAUUUGGGGAUUCAAAGUAUCCUUUGGUGCCUGGACAUGAGAUUGUUGGCAUUGUGCAAGAGGUCGGUUCUAAUGUUAACCGCUUCAAAGUUGGUGACCACGUUGGAGUAGGAACUUAUGUCAAUUCAUGUAGAGAUUGUGACUAUUGUAACGAUGAAGAAGAAGUUAAUUGUGUAAAAGGAGCAGUUUUAACCUUUAAUGGGGUGGAUGAUGAUGGUACUAUUACAAAAGGAGGAUAUUCCAGCUAUAUUGUUGUCCAUGAUAGGUACUGCUUCAGGAUACCUGAUGACUAUCCAUUGGCUUCAGCAGCUCCUUUGCUUUGUGCUGGAAUCACCGUGUACAGUCCCAUGAUACGCCACAAGAUGAACCAACCUGGUAAAUCUCUGGGAGUGAUUGGACUUGGAGGUCUUGGUCACAUGGCAGUGAAGUUUGGGAAGGCGUUUGGGUUGAAUGUGACUGUUCUCAGCACUAGCAUAUCCAAGAAAGAGGAAGCUCUAACUUUGCUUGGUGCAGACAAAUUUGUGGUCUCAUCUGACCAAGAGCAGAUGAAGGCCGAGGCUAAGUCAUUAGACUUUAUAAUUGACACUGCAGCUGGUGAUCACCCAUUUGAUCCAUACAUGUCACUGUUGAAAACUGGUGGUGUUCUGGUCCUAGUGGCAUUCCCAAGUGAAGUCAAAUUCCAUCCUGCAAGCCUUAACAUAGGAAUGAAAACCGUUUCUGGUAGCCUUACAGGUGGUACAAAGUUGAUACGAGAAAUGAUAGACUUCUGUAGUGCUCAUAAAAUUUACCCAAACAUAGAAGUAAUUCCAAUUCACUAUGCAAAUGAAGCUCUUGAGAGGCUAAUAAAGAGAGACGUGAGGUAUCGGUUUGUGAUCGAUAUUGAGAACUCCCUGAAAUGAUAUACUACUAAAGGCACAAGGAAAAUUCCUCUUCUCGAUAUUUAUGUUCAUAUUUUAGGUACAUUGAAGGUAUUGGAUCAAAUGUUGAAACUCUGACAGGUUGUAAAGUGGUAUUGUGAGGAAUGGUUUUACUUGCAUACUAGCCUGAAAUAAGUGAAUGGAUUGUUGAGCAAUAUUGUGAGGAAUGGUUUAAUAAGAAUGAGAAGUGUGAACUUUUAAAUUGUGAA